UAUCAAAUAAUUAGCUAUGAAAAAUUCUAAAAAAAUGAGACAUGAACAUGGAACCCGUAACUUAUCUCUAUCUUUAUCAUCAUAUUUCUUCAACUUUCUUACAGUUAUUCAUCUCUUGCAAUUCACCCUAAUCAAUGGAGCUUUUUCCAUUAUACCCAAGCUUAGUAACGAAACAGACAGGCUAGCUUUACUACAAUUCAAGGCUCGAAUAACCGAUGAUCCUCUCGGCGUCAUGAGUUCGUGGAACAACUCCUAUCAUUUCUGCCGGUGGUACGGUAUUACAUGCGGGAGUAAACAUCAGAGAGUGACGAUCUUAGACCUAAGAACCCUAAAACUCUCAGGUUCGAUAUCACCACAUAUCGGCAACUUAAGCUUUUUACGCGAAUUAUAUCUCGAAAAUAAUGCCUUCCGUUCCGAGAUCCCUCCCCAAAUCGGCCGUUUACGUAGACUGCAAGUAUUGUUUCUUCCCAAUAACUUGAUCACCGGUAAAAUUCCUACAAACUUAUCUUCUUGUUCUAAUCUUGAAUCUCUUGUUUUACGUAGCAACAAUCUUGAAGGUGAUAUUCCAUUAGAGCUAAUCAAUUUGACGAAGCUUAGAGUAAUCAGUUUGGGAACAAACAAUCUGACCGGAACAAUUUCUCCAUCUCUUGCAAAUCUGUCAUUUCUUGAGACAUUCAUUGCUUCCGAAAACAAACUUCAUGGAGUUUUACCUGAAUCCUGGGGGAAUUUGAUAAGUUUAAGAACUUUAGGGCUUGCUAUUAAUCAACUCUCUGGUUUAAUCCCUUCUUCCAUCUUCAAUAUCUCGUUGAUUCAGGCUAUAGACUUAGGCACGAAUGACUUCCAUGGAUUUCUUCCCGUGAGCUUAGUCGACUCUGUACCGCAAAUCGAAUAUCUUUCGCUUUCUUCUAAUCAAUUCACCGGUUCAAUUCCGACUUCCAUUUCAAACGCUUCAAAUCUUGAACUCUUUCAAGUGAACUCAAAUAAUCUUACCGGAGCUGUCCCUUCUCUUGAAAAGUUGAAUAAACUUGUAGUUUUAGGGUUGAGUCAUAACCAUUUGGGAAGCGGUAAAGCUGACGACUUAUCGUUUCUGUUCCACCUGACCAACGCCACCGUUUUAAAGCAGUUAUUCAUAAACGAUAAUAACUACGGCGGAGAGCUGCCAGAUUACAUAGCCAACUUCUCGAAGACGAUAACGACCAUUAACUUUGCUCGAAAUCGAAUACAUGGACAGAUUCCGAACGAGAUUGACCUUCUGUUUAACCUAAAAGUUUUCACUGCCUCAGAGAAUUUACUCUCAGGUAAAAUUCCUUCCACCAUUGGAAAGGUUAUGAAUUUACAGAAACUUCAUUUACGACAUAACAAUUUCGGUGGAACCAUUCCAUUUUCUGUUGGAAACUUGACGAAUUUGAUUGAACUUCGUCUACAAUACAACGAUCUUCAAGGCAUGAUCCCUUCGAGCAUCGGAAAUUGCUCGAAUUUAUUAGAGUUAGCUCUUCAUCACAACAAUCUUACCGGUCCUAUACCUCGACAGAUAUUCAGAAUUUCUUCUUUAACACGGGGUUUGUAUUUAUCUUUCAAUCGUUUGAACGGGUCGCUUGCAGAUGAAGUAAGCAACUUAAAACAAUUAGGAAUGAUAUUUCUUGAACAUAACUUAAUAUCCGAUGAGAUUCCUACUGGUCUUGGAAGUUGUAUUAGUCUAGUAACGCUUUCAUUGAGUAAUAACUUCUUUCAAGGGUCAAUUCCUUCUUCUUUAAGUUCAUUGAGAGGCCUUACGGUUUUAGAUCUUUCUUACAACAAUUUGUCGGGACAGAUUCCACAGUUUUUGGAGGGUUUUAUUUUACUACAGUGGUUGAAUCUAUCUUAUAAUGAUUUUGAAGGUAUAGUUCCGACAAAAGGAAUCUUUGAAAAUGGAACUGUAAUAAAUCUACAAGGAAACAAUAAAUUAUGUGGUGGGAUUAGUGAUUUAGGCCUUUCGGCUUGCGAAUCUGAAGAACCGAAAAGCGUAAAAGAGAAAAGAAGAAAAGUAAUUAUAGUUUCGGUAUCUAUAAGUGCAUCGUUACUACUUGCCGCGUGUUUACUUAUUUGGUUGUCGAGAAAAAGAAAAGAAAUUUCUAUAAUAUUAAGCUCUUUUGAGAAUGAGAUGUUAAGGUUGACUUAUCAGAAUCUUCUUAAAGCGACUAAUGAAUUUUCUUCGGAGAAUUUAAUUGGUUCAGGUGGAUUUGGAUCGGUGUAUAAAGGAGUUCUUGAGCAAGACGGACUUAUAAUUGCAGUCAAAGUGGUUAAUCUUAUGCAUCGAGGAGCGUCGAAAAGUUUUCUAGCUGAAUGCGAAGUGCUAAGGAACGUCAGACAUCGAAAUCUCGUCAAAGUGCUCACUACUUGUUCUGGUGUAGAUUAUCGUGGCAAUGAUUUUAAAGCUUUGGUCUAUGAGUUCAUGGAUAACGGAAACUUACACGAUUGGUUACAUCCGACUUAUCAAAAGAAUUUAAAUAUUGAUCAAAGAUUAAAUAUUGCGAUAGAUGUAGCUUCUGCACUAGAGUAUCUCCACAACCAUUCUGGAACACUACCGAUUGUUCAUUGUGAUCUAAAACCAAGUAAUAUUCUUCUCGAUAAGGAAAUGACUGCUCAUGUAGGGGAUUUCGGGUUGGUCAAGUUUCUUUCUUCAGAAAUAUCACAAUCUUCUACUGGUCAAAGCAACUCUCUUAGAGCAAUAGGAACGAUUGGUUAUUGUCCUCCAGAAUAUGGCUUAGGAACUGAUGCUUCAACAUCAGGUGAUGUAUUUAGCUUUGGCAUACUUUUGUUAGAAAUGUUCACGGGAAAGAGACCAACUGACGACAUAUUUAAAGACGGGCUAAGUCUCCACAAUUUUGUCGAGAGAGCUUUGCCUGAACAAGUAAUUCCAAUUAUAGAUCCCAAUUUGCAACUCAGAGAAGACGCAAAUCAUAUACUUAUCGAGUGCUUGAUCUCAAUAUUUGAAAUUGGAAUUUCAUGUUCUUCUGAAUCACCACAAGAGCGAUUAAAUAUUGAUGACGUUGUUGCUCAACUAUCUUCUAUCAGAAGAAAAGUUUUGGGUACUCGACCUCGUCGGGGAAUCGGAGAAGUUGCAAGCACAAGCCAAAUGACACCAAGGUGUUCCUGAUAGAGUGACGAAGGAAGUGUUUAUCGCCAUGUCAAAGGCAUUAAAUUUUAUCAACCCUGAGGAACUUUCAAUGCAAUGCAUAUUGAUCGCGUUGAACAGAUUUCUUCAGACCCGACUACUGUUCGUGCUUCAGAGGCGAAUCAGGAUUAGUGGCUUGUCGGUUAUCACGUGGAUUAGCAAGCAGUGAGUUUGUACUUACUAUUUACCGCUUUAUUAAGUAAAUUGUUAUUUUAAUAUUAAAUAUAUAUACUGUACGUAUAUUUCGAACUGUUUUUAUAUUAUGGCUUCUAGUUGGAACAUGCUACCUAAUGGGCAUCAUUAGGACUGCGUGCGCACCGGUAAUGAUCUGGAAAAGGUAAUUAUGGUAAUGUGGUAACUCGGUGUGAGCAUAGCUCUCGGGACCAAGUAGAGUAACUCGGUGUAGCUCAGCUCUCGGGACUCUGGUAUAAGUGUGGUCAGUGGUAACUCGGUGAAGCUCAGCUCUCGGGACCAGACCUGUUGGAUUAGGGUUAUUAUUUAGAAUUGUGGAUUAGGGUUCCAACUAUUAAUCGUAAUAUCGUAUUUAAAUGUUUUAAACGGUUUUAAAGGUUUUCCACUUAAUAAAUGUAGAUAGUGGUAUAAACUCAUCUCAGUAUAUCUGACCCCGUUGUUUUCCCAAUUUUCCCCAGGGUUAUAAUCUGAGAGAGUCUGGUGAUCUCCGCAUUUACUUUUCCUCGGAGGUUCCUUUUAUUUUAAUAAACUGUAAAACUGUUUUAUUCUUAGACCGCAGUAGUUGACUAGACGUCUUUAUUAUUAUAACAGUUGUUUGUCGGAUUGGUCUGACUAGUUA